CCGGCAACGGUCUCCUCCUCCGCCGAUUCACCGCGGGUAUUUCCGGCCUCUUUCGGGCUUUUUCGUCCGGCUCCCGCGCGGGUCUCUCCACUUCGGGUAUUUCCGUGUCCCGCUCGGAGGUGCUCGGCAGUCGCUCGGCCGCCCCCAUCCCCCGGUAACGGUCGCUGGUGAGUUUAAAUGAGCCGGGGCUGGCCGGGCCGGAGCCACUGCGGGGGGGGCCUGAGGCACUGCAGAAAGUGGGCCUGAGCCUCAAGGAUGACGGUGCUGCAGGAACCCGUCCAGGCUGCUAUAUGGCAAGCACUAAACCAUUAUGCUUACCGAGAUGCAGUUUUCCUUGCAGAACGACUAUAUGCAGAAGUACACUCAGAAGAAGCUUUGUUUUUACUGGCAACCUGUUAUUAUCGCUCAGGAAAGGCAUAUAAAGCAUAUAGACUCUUGAAAGGACACAGUUGUACUACACCACAAUGUAAAUACCUGCUUGCAAAAUGUUGUGUUGAUCUCAGCAAGCUUGCUGAAGGGGAACAGAUCUUAUCUGGUGGAGUGUUUAAUAAACAGAAAAGCCAUGAUGAUAUUGUUACUGAGUUUGGUGAUUCAGCUUGCUUUACUCUUUCAUUAUUGGGACAUAUAUAUUGCAAAACAGAUCGGCUUGCCAAAGGAUCAGAAUGUUACCAAAAGAGCCUUAGUUUAAAUCCUUUCCUCUGGUCCCCCUUUGAAUCAUUAUGUGAAAUAGGUGAAAAGCCAGAUCCUGACCAAACAUUUAAAUUAACCUCUUUACAGAACUUUAGCAACUGUCUGCCCAACUCUUGCACAACAGUAGUAUCUAAUCAUAAUUUAUCUCACAGACAACCUGAGACGGUUCUUACAGAAACACCCCAGGACACAAUUGAAUUAAACAGACUGAAUUUAGAAUCUUCCAAUUCAAAGUAUUCCUUGAAUACAGAUUCCUCAGUGUCUUAUAUUGAUUCAGCUGUAAUUUCACCAGAUACUGUCCCUCUUGGAACAGGAACUUCUAUAUUAUCUAAACAGGUUCAAAAUAAACCAAAAACUGGUCGAAGCUUAUUAGGAGGACCAGCUGCUCUUAGCCCAUUAACCCCCAGUUUUGGGAUUUUGCCAUUAGAAACCCCAAGUCCUGGAGAUGGAUCCUAUUUACAAAACUACACUAAUACAUCUUCUGUAAUUGAUGUGCCACCCACCGGAGCCCCUUCAAAAAAGUCUGUUGCCAGAAUCGGCCAAACUGGAACAAAAUCUGUCUUCUCACAGAGUGGAAAUAGUCGAGAGGUAACUCCAGUUCUUGUUGCACAAACACAAAGUUCUGGCCCACAAACAAGUACAACACCUCAGGUAUUGAGCCCCACUAUCACAUCUCCCCCAAAUGCACUGCCUCGAAGAAGUUCACGACUUUUUACUAGUGACAGCUCUACAACCAAGGAGAAUAGCAAAAAAUUAAAAAUGAAGUUUCCACCUAAAAUUCCAAACAGAAAAACAAAAAGUAAAACUAAUAAAGGAGGAAUAACUCAACCUAACAUAAAUGAUAGCCUGGAAAUUACAAAAUUGGACUCUUCCAUCAUUUCAGAAGGGAAAAUCUCUACAAUCACACCUCAGAUCCAGGCAUUUAAUCUACAGAAAGCAGCAGCAGAAGGUUUGAUGAGCCUUCUUCGUGAAAUGGGGAAAGGUUAUUUAGCUUUGUGUUCAUACAACUGCAAAGAAGCUAUAAAUAUCUUGAGCCACCUACCUUCUCAUCACUACAAUACUGGUUGGGUACUGUGCCAAAUUGGAAGGGCCUAUUUUGAACUUUCAGAGUACAUGCAAGCUGAAAGAAUAUUCUCAGAGGUUAGAAGAAUUGAAAAUUACAGAGUUGAAGGCAUGGAGAUCUACUCUACAACACUGUGGCAUCUUCAAAAGGAUGUUGCUCUUUCAGUUCUUUCAAAAGACUUAACAGAUAUGGAUAAAAAUUCACCAGAGGCCUGGUGUGCUGCAGGGAACUGUUUCAGUUUGCAACGGGAACAUGAUAUUGCAAUUAAAUUCUUCCAGAGAGCUAUCCAGGUUGAUCCAAAUUAUGCUUAUGCCUAUACUCUAUUAGGGCAUGAGUUUGUCUUAACUGAAGAAUUAGACAAAGCAUUAGCUUGUUUUCGAAAUGCUAUCAGAGUCAAUCCUAGACAUUAUAAUGCAUGGUAUGGUUUAGGAAUGAUUUAUUAUAAGCAAGAAAAAUUCAGCCUUGCAGAAAUGCAUUUCCAGAAAGCACUUGAUAUCAACCCUCAAAGUUCAGUUUUACUUUGCCACAUUGGAGUAGUUCAGCAUGCACUGAAAAAAUCUGAGAAGGCUUUGGAUACCCUAAACAAAGCCAUUGUUAUUGAUCCUAAGAACCCUCUAUGCAAAUUUCACAGAGCCUCAGUUUUAUUUGCAAAUGAAAAAUAUAAGUCUGCUUUACAAGAACUUGAAGAAUUGAAACAAAUUGUUCCCAAAGAAUCCCUUGUGUACUUCUUAAUAGGAAAGGUUUACAAGAAGUUAGGUCAGACACACCUCGCCCUGAUGAAUUUCUCUUGGGCUAUGGAUUUAGAUCCUAAAGGAGCCAAUAACCAGAUUAAAGAGGCAAUUGAUAAGCGUUACCUUCCAGAUGAUGAGGAGCCAAUAACCCAAGAAGAACAGAUCAUGGGAACUGAUGAAUCCCAGGAGAGCAGCAUGACAGAUGCGGACGACACACAACUUCAUGCAGCUGAAAGUGAUGAAUUUUAACUUCUGCAAAUCAGACUUUUACAACUGGAUGUGUGAUUAGUGCUGACAUGUUUCUUGUCCUUCCAUAUACUGAGUCUUCACUCUUGAGCCGGCAGUGUCAUCAUCCAUUACUUACACAAUGAGUAUGCCACUUUCAUUGGACCCUGACUGUACACAGAAUGAAAGGCAGUGCAAUAUUUAGCUGCUAACAAGACUGGCUCUUUCACCAGUAUAAAUGACAAUUUAGGGGGUAGGGUGGGGAACUUUCUUUUUUCUUUAAUCUCCCUUUGCUGGAAAACUAUCAUGGAAGGAAGAGUUAUGUUUUAUCUGAAGGAACCAUUAGAUAUGGAAAAUAGUGAUGAACCAGAAUUUCUUGGUCAUUUUUCCAGAUUUUUGUUUUAUUUGGUUCUGUUCCUGAUAAACAGAGUGACUGACCUUCAUUUCUAGGUUCUUCAAGAAUGGUGUUAGAAAGUGCCAGAUGGAACAAUAAAAGACAUUGCCUAUAACAGAAUAACUUGAUUGCCAAGGAAUGUAAAUUACCUUAAACUUGCAGUGUCUCCCAUAAACAAAUGUAAUGGACAUAUUGGGACUCAUGUUUAGGAAUCAAAUAUCCCUCCAUACAGUGUACACUUAUUCUUGGCAAGAAUGCUUUAAUGUCUAACCAAGAAAUUUAAUUUAUUCAUCUUGCUUCAAAGUGUUGAUCAUUGUUGUCGGUAUCGCAAACUUUAAAGUUGGUCCUUGCCAUAUUGCCUCUUCUCUGAGCUCUGUGGGAUCACCUUUAACAUUCAGAGAUGAUAGAGUGGUUGCCCACUGAAAAGCCAAAACAAUACCCUUAAUAACCAUUUAAGUUCACCAUAGGAAUAAAAAUGAGAACACUAAAGUAGAGAGACUUUAAGAGAUCAUAAUAGUGAAAGCCUUAAUACAAUCAGAAUUGUACCAUAACCUUGAAUCUAUAUUUGUUCAAGACAGUAUCCCUUUGAUUUUUCUAAGUGUUUAAGCAGGGUGCAAGAAUGUAUAUUUACCUUUGGUUGAGGUCAUUUCCAUUCUUUUCGGCUCUCUGCUUCAAAUUAUUUUCAGUAAUGUGAAUCACCAAACAUUUACUGAGAGUGGUUGGGUUUAGGAUAUUGGAAAUUUUUAGCUGGAAAAAAAGUUCUUAUGAAGGAGAUAUGUUCUCUCCUGAGUUUGUCAUAAUAUAGGUUGGUGUCUUUGGGCAAUGGCCACAGUUUUAAAGACCUAAUUAUGUGUAAUAAAAUGGGAAUUAUUGGAAUUUCACAGUAACAGAUUUAAAAGUCUUAAAUUGUGUAUCUCCUUUAUUGUAAUGUAUUGAAAUUUUUAGAGAAACUUUAGUUGUUAACAUUUUAUUAAGUGCCAAUGUCAGAAUAUAACAAAUUAUAGUUUCCUAUGAAUGACAGGCCUACAGUUAUUUUGGAUUAUUUGAUGAAGGACAAACUUAUCUACUGGUUACCUGUAUUAGUCAAGCUGUGAAAAUGAGGUAGAUUACAGAAGAUGUGAAAAAAAUUUAGCCUGCAGACUCAGUAAUUUCCUAUCAUUUACUAUUAAUCUACUCAUUUAAAUGUGGAUUAGAUACUAUUAUAAAAUAAUUCAAGUCAGAGUCUCAGUUAGGUAUUGGGUGCCAGAAAGGUAUUUAACAAAAUUUCCUACCUAAGUCUAUGUAUAUGUGCUGCUUAAAAAUCAGUUUAUAAGAAAAAGGAAAGGUUGGGAGUAAAUGAUCAUUAAAAAUUCCAAAGGCCAGCACUUGGAUUCUAAUAAAUAUUCCGUUUUAUUAUC